UUCGGAUGCCCUUUCACAAAAUUAUUUUGUGACGACAACAGCUAGCUUUCAAAAAUUUUUUAAAUCAAAAGUUAUUUUCUUCAAACGCCAAUUUCCUGAGAUCGGUGUGAAUUACUUAAAUAAAUUGCGAAGAAAAAAGUAAAACGGCAUGCUGUCAGCGUUAUUUGAUUCCGUCGCACAUAUUUUACUUCGGUCGCCGGUGCAAACGGUAAAAUGCGAAGCAAAAGGAGAUACACAACUGGCAAUACCUUUGCGAACGCCAUUUUUACCGUAUCGUCAUUUGAUGGCCGCUGCGGUUGCGGCCGGUGAGGAGUCCUGCGAGUUUGGCAGUCUCAAGUAUUUCCAAUUGUGCAUGAUUGGUGGUCUCAUUUCGUGCGGCGCCACACACACGCUGGUUACGCCUUUGGAUUUGGUCAAGUGUCGCUUGCAAGUCGAUAAGGCUAAGUACAAAAAUCUGAUACAUGGUUUGAAAAUAACCAUUAAGGAGGAAGGUGUACGUGGUUUGGCCAGAGGCUGGGCACCCACUUUGCUUGGCUACUCAGCACAGGGUACAUUCAAAUUUGGUUUAUAUGAAUUCUUCAAAGUCUACUAUGCGAAGCUGUUGGGCGAUGAAAAUGCGUACCUAUAUCGCACGUAUAUAUAUUUGGUUGCCUCGGCUUCGGCAGAAUUUUUCGCCGAUAUCGCCUUAUCGCCCAUGGAGGCCGUUAAGGUGAAAAUGCAAACGACACAAGGUUUCGCCAAGACGAUGCGUGAAGCAAUACCAAAAAUGGUGGCAGAUGAGGGUGUUACAGCUUUCUAUAAGGGACUUGUACCGUUAUGGAUGCGUCAGAUACCUUAUACAAUGAUGAAAUUCGCUUGCUUCGAACUAACAGUGGAGCUGCUUUAUAAGUAUGUAGUGCCAAAACCGCGUGCUGAGUGUAGCAAGGGCGAGCAGUUGGUGGUCACAUUUGCAGCGGGCUAUAUAGCUGGUGUCUUCUGUGCUGUUGUUUCACAUCCUGCCGAUGUAGUGGUCUCUAAGUUAAAUCAAGCUAAAGGUGCUUCCGCUUUGGAUGUGGCAAAAUCGCUGGGAUUUAUGGGUAUGUGGGGUGGUUUGGUGCCACGUAUAAUAAUGAUUGGCACGUUGACCGCGCUUCAAUGGUUCAUAUAUGAUGGUGUAAAAGUGGCACUACGUAUACCGCGCCCGCCACCACCAGAGAUGCCGGCUUCGUUGAAAGCUAAGAUGGCUCCCGGUGAAAAGAAAUAAAUACAUACACAUAUUUGUUGUCUGUUCUAUUAAAUUUUACAAACUUAUUAAUGUCUAAUAAAUUAUGAAACAGAAACUUUGCCAUUAUAGUCUGCCGAUAUCAGAGGAUUAAUAAAUUUGCUUCUCUUCAUAAAAUAUCAAUACUAAUUAUGAGAGUAUAAAGUUAAUAACUAAAGGGGAAAAUAUACUACUAAUAACCAUAAUUAAUGUUUUUUGCUGCCCACAAUGUACUUUAUGACAUUUUGGAUUACGCUUGACAUGUUCUUUUAUGAUGUUUUCUCAAUUGCCUGGAGUAGCAAUUAGGACAUAUAGAAUUCUGUCAAGCAAUUUUGUAAAAAAAAAACUAAAUUUAGAGUGAAAGACAAAAUUUUAAAACCAAUUCACAUUAAAACCAUAUGGCAAAAGCAUUGAUUGAAAGCUUCCUGGAAUAGCUUGAAACCAUUAAACUCAUUCGAUGUGCACAAUGGCAGAACAGGUGCCGAAGAGUAUGAAGAAAGAACACAUAAACUACAAUAUGCAUUCAUGAAAUAUGUGCAUAGCUAACACAUAGAAACAUGCUCACUAGCCAGCGGAUUCAUUGACAUACAUACACACAUGUACAAAUAGUUGGGUACAUAAGUGUUUGAAUUUUCCAUGCAUCUCUCGACUGUACAUCAAGUGGCAUGUGCACUUCAUGGCAUCAAAUUGAAGACUGGACAAAAGCUAAUAUGUACUUUAAAGGAAUUUUGAUUUAACUGAGUAGCACGCUACAAUUUGCCUACGCCAACUGCAUUAGUAUAGGGUGUUCUUUUAGAGCUAUAAGCUAUUAUUUCAAAUAAAAUAAAGAAAUAUUAAACAAAUAAUAACUUUGUCAGUAUGCUUGAAAACCUUGAAAUCCAUUCCUAAGAAUACUAAA